UUUUUCCUUUUUUGAACAGAUUUUUAUUUGCAGAUUAUUUCUGUUUUCCUAUAUAAACCUCUAAAACAGGCACUGUUGUAUUCACAAUUGAGUUUAAUUCUCCAAUGGCAGCAAGAAUUGCGAAGUCUCUCAAGCUCCGUUUCGUUUCAAAACCCAAAACUCCAAGCCCUCCUUCCAUACCUCAAUCACCAAUCACAGCCCACGGUGGAAGUGGUGGUUCAGGCCGUUUUUCCGCCCUGCAAACACCAACCAAAGAAGAUGAAACCCGACAAGUUUUCUCUUACUUCGACAAUGACAACGAUGGCAGGAUUUCAGUGGAUGAACUGAUGGCAUAUUUCACGUCCAUUGGAGAAUCCAUAACACAUGACGAGGCUCAGAAAAUCGUACAAGAAUUCGACAAAAACGGCGACAAUUUGUUGGAGUUUGAAGAGUUCGUCGGAUUAAUGGAAAAAGAUGAUAAUAUUCUUAAGAUGGCUUUUGAAGUGUUCGAGAUUGAAAAGGGUUCCGGGUGCAUCACGGCGGAGGGGCUGCGCCAGGUUUUUCGCCGCCUUGGAAACGCCAAAUCGUAUCAAGAAUGCGAGUCUAUGAUUAGAGUUUUUGAUCUUGAUGGCAACGGAGUGCUGGAUUUUUAUGAAUUUCAAAAGAUGAUGGCCAAUUAGAUUAAUUUGUAUGCCUUGAUGCAGGUUUUUUCCCCUUUAAUGAACAUCUAUUGAAUUCUUAAAAAAUUUCCAUUCAAAUUCGAAAUAGAACUGCAAUUUCGUAGUUAUAA